CGCCAACGGAGCCCCACAUAUCAUAAUGGUUGACAAUGUUGUCUAUGAUAAAUUCGACAUUGAAAGAGAGAACGAAUCUGUGCAGGACGAUUCCGACACUUCUCCUAACCACAGUAAACAGGUUUGGAAAAAUAAGUGUGAAAUGAUAGAAAACCACGUCUACUACAGAGGGUCUCCUUGUGCUGCCAAAGACAAUCCUGUUGGUGAUUCGUAUGAUGAAGGACUGGAAACUAGCGAGGGAAUGGUUGACAAUGGACUCUAUGAUAAAUUCGAGUUUGACAGAGAGAAGGAAUCUCCACAGGACGAAUCCGAUGCUUCUCCAAACAAUAAUAAAUCGUCUUCUGAAGAGAGGUGUGAAAUGAUAGAAAACGACGUCUACGACGGAGGGCCUCAUCUCUGA